CCGGUGCUGUGGCCGCUGCUGACAUGUAUGCCCGGAGGAAGAGGAAGAAGCCAAUGCCCAAGAGCCCCAAAACACCACCCUUUGAAGUUGUGAAGUCCACUCCCUCCAAACGGCAUCGAGACCGAUUCAACCUGGAGCUGAACAAGCUGACCAGCCUGUUGCCCUUCCCCGAAGAGGUGCACACCAGGCUYGAUAAGCUCUCCAUCCUUCGACUGGCCGUGGGAUACCUGAAGCUGAAGAGCUACUUCAUGGCUACUGGGAUGGAUGUUGGCAGCCAGGGGCUGGAUCAGCCCAAGGCAGCAGGAGAGAAUGGAUGGACACGUCUGCAAGCCAACAGGGCGUCCUUUCCUGAAGGGGAUCUGCUGCUCCAGGCUCUCAAUGGAUUUGUCCUCACUGUGACCGGAGAUGGCAACAUCUUCUAUGUCUCCCCUACAGUGCAGGACUUCCUGGGGUUUCAUCAGUCAGACCUCAUCAACCAGAGUGUUUAUGAACUGAUCCACAUAGAUGACAGAGCCACCUUCCACUGCCAGCUCCACUGGGCCUUGAACCCCCCCACACCCCACAGGGCCGAGUGCUCUGCCGAUGUCCUGCCUAUUGACCAGAGUUUGCCAGCUGAACCUGAUGCCACGUACAGCCCCCAGCACCUCCCCCUUGAGGACAUCUGCCACACGGAGAGGAGGUUCACCUGCCGUUUCCGCUGCUUGCUGGAUAACUCCUCAGGAUUUCUGGCCUUAAAUUUCUACGGACGGUUGAAAUUGCUUCACGAGCUGCAGAAGAGGGCAUGCAGCAGGUCCCCGGUGCCUCCCCAGCUGGCUCUCUUUGCCAUUGCAACUCCUCUCCAGUCACUCUCGAUCCUGCAGCUUCACACCAAAAUGUUCAUCUUCGAGACAAAGCACAAGCUGGACUUUACUACAACUGCCUGUGAUUCCAGGGGGCAGAUGGUGCUGGGCUAUACAGAGACAGAGCUGUGUAUCUGGGGAUCCGGUUACCAGCUUGUGCAUGUGGCUGACGUGAUGUACUGCGCCGAGAAGCACAUGAGAAUAAUGAAGACGGGGGAGAGCGGCCUGACAGUUUUCAGGCUGCUGACCAAGAAGGGUGGCUGGAUCUGGGUCCAGGCCGAUGCCAGGCUGGUUUACAAAGGAGGUCAACCUGACUGCAUCAUCUCCAGACAACGAGUCCUCUCGUGAGUAUCACUGGCUUCGGGGCUCGUCUCACCUUCUCCUCACUCCUUGCAGGCCAGAGGGGUGCAUGGGAGUCGAUUUUCCUCAUGGUACCAGGAGGCAAUGCAGUUGGAGGAAAGUGUGGCUGGGCUGUAUGUCCAGCAUCUUCCUCUGUGUAUGCCUUCUUGCGGGAGAGAGACACGGGUCUGCUGGAGCUCAGGACUGGAAAUGCUGUCAUUAAAGCAGCUGUAGGAAGGUUGUUACAGACACAAUUGUUUCUGCAUCGUGGGAGCCUUGUGCAUGCAGCCUUCCCCAA